CGUGUUAGAAACCCCUACCAGUACCAGCUGAGUCCCUUCGUCUUCCGCUCUUCUUCUACCACACCACUUCAAGCCCCCACGCGCCGCCAGCCGGAGACUCUAUCCUCAGCCGUGGGAAUGGAACUGGGAGCUGGCGUCAGAGGUCUGAAUGUAAAAAGCACGACGCCGUGUCUCACCCCAUCGACCCAUAUAAAAGCUCGGAAUCUUUACAGUAGCCGUGCCUACUCAUAUGCUUCCUUUCGCGCUCAUCGGAUUCCCAUUUGCAAAGCAUCUAUAAAGGAGAAUUGCAUCAGUGCGGAGUCCGUAUCGAAGGUAAACAGAAUGUCUGCUGCUGAUUACUCAAUGGAUGUUGAGCUUUCCAGUUUGACUGCUUUAUGCCCAUUGGAUGGCCGGUAUUGGGGUAAAGUGAAGGACUUGGCACCUUAUAUGAGCGAAUUUGGGCUCAUUAAAUUUCGAGUUUUAGUAGAGAUUAAGUGGUUGCUGAAGCUUUCCCAAAUUCCUGAAAUCCCUGAGGUCCCAAGGUUCUCUGCAGAAGCUGAGACUUAUCUCCAAAACUUAAGUGAUCAAUUUAACUUGGACGACGCCUUGGAAGUGAAGAAAAUUGAGAGAGUGACUAACCAUGACGUGAAGGCUGUUGAAUAUUUCCUGAAACAAAGAUGCCAGUCACAUCCAGAGAUAUCUAAGGUGCUUGAGUUUUUCCAUUUCGCAUGCACAUCUGAGGAUAUUAACAAUCUGGCUCAUGCUUUGAUGCUGAAAGAAGCUCUCAACAAAGUCAUACUACCUGUCAUGGACAAAUUGAUCACAGCAAUAUGUAACAUGGCCACUGCAAAUGCUUCCAUUCCCAUGCUUUCUCGAACUCAUGGGCAGCCAGCUUCACCCACAACCUUAGGGAAGGAAAUGGCAAUAUUUGCUUACCGCUUAAGUAGAGAACGAAAGGAAUUAUCUCAAACUGAAAUUUUGGGGAAGUUUGCUGGAGCUGUUGGAAACUAUAAUGCUCAUCUUGUUGCAUAUCCUGAUGUUAAUUGGCCACAAAUUGCAGAGGAGUUUGUGACAUCUCUUGGAAUAAGUUUCAAUCCGUAUGUGACUCAGAUUGAGCCUCAUGACUACAUGGCCAGGCUUUUUAACUCCAUCAUCCAGUUCAACAACAUUUUAGUUGACUUUGACAGAGAUGUUUGGGGAUACAUUUCUUUGGGUCACUUCAAGCAGAUAACUAAGGCUGGUGAGAUUGGAUCGUCAACAAUGCCCCACAAAGUUAAUCCAAUUGACUUUGAAAAUAGUGAAGGCAACUGUGGAAUUGCAAAUGGAGGCUUAUCCCAUUUAAGCACGAAGUUGCCUAUUUCCCGCUGGCAGCGAGACUUGACUGAUUCAACUGUUCUAAGGAACAUGGGUGUAGGAUUAGGACAUUCUCUUCUUGCGUACAAAAGCGCAUUGCAGGGAAUUGCAAAGCUUCAGGUCAAUGAAGCUUCCUUGAUUGCUGACUUGGACCACUCAUGGGAGGUGCUUGCCGAGCCAAUACAAACUGUAAUGCGAAGAUAUGGUGUUCCAGAGCCAUAUGAGAAAUUGAAGGAGCUGACUAGAGGAAGAGCAGUGACUAGAGAAAGCAUAAGAGAGUUCAUUGAACGUCUCGAUAUCCCAGUUGAAGCUAAGUCUCAUCUCUUAACUUUGACGCCCCAUACUUAUGUUGGAGCUGCUGUUGAAUUGGCCAAGAACUUGGACACAGUUACGAGCUUGGUGAAUGGAGCUAUCGUCUUAUGAGUGCUAUUACUGAGUGACUAGACGAGGUUUCGACUUGCAGUAUACUGCAUUCUGGACCCAAGGAGGUUUUUUACCAACGUAAAUGCUACUUCGUUUUGAGAAGAGCAGAAAACCUGUCUGUCGUAGCCGUUCUAUUUGGUGCAGUGCCCAGAACACAGUCCCCGGUGUUUCAAUCUGGGUUCAGCCAAACCAUAGCUUCCCUUUUUCUUUUUCGAAAAAAGAAGCGGAGAAAUGUAUGGGGUUUGAACUAUUCUGGGAUUUUUCAUGUAUUUCAAUCCUUUAGUCGAAAUGAAGAUGAAAAGAAAAUUCAUUUAUCUA